ACACACACACGCACAGAAUCCCACAAGUGAGAGACACAUUACCCUGGAUUUUACACCUGUGAAGAUCAAGUGGAGGGAAAAAAGAUCUUUCCACAAGGAUUGACCCUCACCCAGCCAGAAGAUGCUUUUUUCCUAGUUUUUGCAAGCUGCUUGGUGGAUUUGGUGUUGCCUCAAAUUAUUUGUUCUACACAUUAUUUCACAAAGCAGAGUGUCUGUGUGUUUGUGGAGGGGGAGACAGGAGAGCCAGAGAAUGCUAUCGCAAGUCUUGAGGAUUUUGUGUGUCUUGUCUUUUUGCUUUUUUCAAGACAGCUUUAUCAGGCCAGGAUCCUGCAAGGAGGAGAUCAAAUCAGCCAGCAGGGCAGCUUCCCAGCCCAUGUCCCCGUCCGACUUUCUUGACAAACUCAUGGGAAGAACCUCGGGAUACGACGCCCGCAUCAGGCCCAACUUCAAAGGUCCACCUGUUAAUGUCACCUGCAACAUCUUCAUCAACAGUUUUGGGUCUGUCACUGAAACCACAAUGGAUUACCGUCUGAACGUCUUCCUACGACAGCAGUGGAAUGACCCCCGGCUGGCGUACAGCGAGUUUCCGGACGACUCCCUUGACCUCGACCCUUCUAUGUUAAACUCCAUUUGGAAGCCUGAUCUUUUCUUUGCAAACGAGAAGGGUGCCAACUUCCACGAGGUCACCACGGACAACAAGCUUCUGCGGAUCUUUAAGGACGGGAAUGUGCUCUACAGCAUCAGGCUGACUCUGAUUCUGUCCUGCCCUAUGGACUUGAAGAAUUUUCCUAUGGAUAUUCAGACCUGUACAAUGCAGCUUGAAAGCUUUGGUUACACGAUGAACGACCUGAUCUUUGAGUGGCUGGAUAUCAGUCCUGUGCAGGUGGCUGAGGGCCUCACUCUCCCCCAGUUUAUUCUGAAAGAUGAAAAAGACCUGGGCUACUGCACCAAGCACUAUAACACAGGUAAAUUCACCUGCAUUGAGGUGAAGUUUCACCUGGAGAGACAGAUGGGCUACUACCUGAUCCAGAUGUACAUCCCCAGCCUGCUCAUCGUCAUCCUGUCCUGGGUCUCCUUCUGGAUCAACAUGGACGCAGCUCCAGCGCGGGUUGGUCUGGGAAUCACCACCGUGCUCACAAUGACCACCCAGAGCUCAGGCUCCCGGGCCUCCCUACCCAAGGUAUCCUAUGUGAAGGCUAUCGAUAUCUGGAUGGCUGUAUGUCUUCUUUUUGUGUUUGCGGCCUUGCUGGAGUAUGCAGCCGUAAACUUUGUAUCCCGGCAGCACAAAGAGUUCAUGCGGCUGAGAAAGAAGCAGAGGCGGCAAAAGAUACGGCAGCUAUAUGCAUAUGGGCAGGACAGAGCGGCAAUUCCUUUCGAAAGAAUAUUUACUGUGACUAAAAAUGAAGACCUGGCUCGUGAAAGCCGUGGCUUCUACUUCGGAGGCUACGGACUGGGACACUGCCUGCAGGUGACGGACGGCACCGCGGUGGAGGGGGCCACCGUCUUUGCCCCCCCGGUGACCCCUCCGUUACCCAAGGACACCGAAGCUAUCCGCAAAAAGUUUGUGGACCAGGCCAAGCGCAUCGACACAAUAUCCCGGGCAGUCUUCCCUUUGUCUUUCCUCUUUUUCAACAUUUUCUACUGGAUCACCUACAAAGUGUUGCGGCACGAGGACAUCCACCAGGCCUUGUAGGAAACGCUUCUUUUCAUGCCAAAACUGCCUGUAAGAUUUUAACGAAAAAGAUUUGAUUGUAUUUUACUGCUACAAGACAAGCCGUGCAGUGUGUGAUAGAACUAAGUGCUCUGAAAAAAAUCUACUCUGAUUUGAAAGUAUAUAUUUUUUAACAGCUCCUUGUUUCAUUUUUCUUUUAAUAACUUGUUCAUCCUUGGAUGAUGUUCUAAGAGAGCCCCAUUGAAUUAUAGACUAAACCAAGGUAACGUGAGCUGGUUACUUUUUUUUACCAGUUUGUUAAAGACCUGCUUGAUUUGAAUAGGGAGUCAUUCAGCUCCACCCCUUUAGAGACAGCUUUUCAGUAUUCUACCAUAUACUGCAUCUAAAAAAUUAAUGUUUUUGAAGAAAAAAAAAAAUGUACCUAAAAAAAUAUUUUUUACUUGAUAUUUGAAUUGCUAACUUGAGGUGAUGCUUAUAAGCAGCUGGCUGUACGGAAGUUUUCCCAUUCCAAAUGGAUCAUAUUGAAUAUGCUGAAUCUAUAACAUUAUAUCUGGUGAUAUAUUUAUGCCGUAGCUGCUGAAUUUGAAUGUCUGGGUGUCUGUAGAGGUUUUCUUGACAAAACUAAGAUCCAAAUCUUUGUUUGACAUAGCAACAGAGCUUCACCGUGUCUCUUCUCAAAACUCCUUUCAACCUCCAAGCUGACAGCUCUGCCAUGACCGGCAUGUUAGAUUUGGAUACCCAAUGGUGUAACUCAAGCUGCAGUGUUUUGUUACAAAUUUGAACACGGGAGCUUUGUGAUUCAAAAGAUUGAAAACCCAAGCCACAGGACCAAAUGCACGGUAAAUAUUUAAUAGAUUGCAACACGUCUGUCUUUCUAUUUGGCAACAGCUAGUUACAGCAACCCCCCCCCCCCCGCUUUUCAAAGCAAGACAGGUUGGCGCAGCGCAGUGCAGUGAGUGUGUGGUUACGCUGUGACUUGUGUAAAUUGCAUAAACCACAUGGAGCUCUUGAAGGAGCUGCUGGAGUCUCCUGUGCUUUCUCAGGCUGCUGUUGCAAAGAAAGUUGGUGUGUCACCAUCGCAGGUGCCUCUCCUUGUGAUAAGAUGUGAUUUCAUUCUUUUUCACUUCGUGUAGGACAUUUUUACUCCUCCCAAUAAAGUGCCGCCGACUGCAGCUCAUCUUUUUCAAAGGACUUGGGACGGUUUUGAAAUUGAUUUAUUAACCCUAUAUGUCAGUUCACAGUUACAGAUUUAUGGAACUCUUGUCUUUUUGAAAAGAACUCUUACUGUGGAGUUCUAGUGGCUUGUGAAACCUUGAAUUCAACCAUGCUGACCAAUCUCUCAAUUUGAUAGGUGCCCUGCGUUCGUGCAGCACAAUCUCAAUAAACUCGCCUUCCACACUUACAGUCUUCUCUAGAAUUGAGCACUGGCAUCACAAUUUCAAUGCAAAGCAACCCAAAUCAUGAUAUGAAAGGUUCCAUCCUCCUUUGCACUGUGUUCACAGUUAGGGAUCAUGGCACUAGCUUAGAUAUUAUAUUAAGUAACCAUGUUGAAAAGCAAGUAAUAGUGAGAGUUGGAAAUUCCAACGCAAUUUCUUUGGUUCAGUUUCUCUGCCCAGGUGGUUGAUAGAAAGCCAGCAUAGGUUUAUUGCAACCAGAAGAUAUCCAAAAUGUACUGAAUAUUUAUUUAUUUAUUUUUUUAACCACCAUGUCCAGCUGAAUGCCAUAUCACCCACCUAUCUGCAGCUUUAAACCACUGAAAACACUGUUUGUUACUUUCGCCAUACAAUAGAACAAUAGGAACAUUAAAUGGUUACAUUUUGGGUGCCAGUUACACCUAUGGGAUGGUUUAAAAUAAAAAAGAAGUUACAGAACUACUGCACCUAAUGGCCCUGUGUUGUUUUGACAAAGUUGGCAUCUGCAAAUGGAGCUCAACCAAUCCAGCUAAGAAUACUGAACCUUUUACAGGAACAACAAUACAAACGUCAGUUUGCCAUGUAGAUCAUAACAUGCAUUUUUUGACAGCUGAUACAGUCCUUGUGUAAGGUGUUAUCGAACAAUGAGCUGUCUUCCUGGUGUGUGAUGUCAUCUGACGAUUGAUCUGCCAAUGACUGGGAUGUUUCAACAUCAGUAAUCUGAUGUUACCGAAUAGGGUCGCGUCUUUAUUGAUUAUAUACUGCAUAUUAAAUGCAUGGCCUGGGUUAUGCAUUACGUGUGAGCUUGCUUUACCAACAGCAAUCACCUGCAGGGAAUCUAUAAAUCACCAUGAAAAGAACAGAGAAUCCAAACGUUUCAUGGCAGCGUAUACAUGAUAUGGGGACGUGCAAUGUACAGUUCA